CUUAGUUUGGAUCCCAUUUCUUCAUAACCAUAUUCAUAUGGCUCCAAAUAAAUUAGAAACAAAAGUUGAAGUACUGCAAAAGCCCUCAGCAGUACUAUCAAUGGAGGGUCUCCAACGAACCAUAUCCGACAUCUCCUUUGAGCUAACCAAAGAAGCUCUUGCGGUUGCCGGAAACAACGUGCCGCUGCCGCCUAUCUCGGAGGUGGAGGCCGCAGCUUGCGAAUGUUGCGGCCUCUCCGAGGAUUGCACCGCAGAGUACAUUGGACGUGUUAAGGACAAGUUCAUGGGAAAGCUUAUUUGCGGCCUCUGUGCUGAGGCCGUAAACGAAGAGAUGGAGAAGGGUUGGAAAAGAGAGGAGGCAUUGAAGGAGCACAUGAGCGCUUGUGCGAAGUUCAAUAGGAUCGGAAGAGUGUAUCCGGUGCUGUAUCAAGCGGAAGCCAUUAAACAAAUUCUCAAAAAAGCCAAAACCUCCAACGGGGGGAUUAAAUCUGCCGUCACCGCCCACCGAGGCGGAAGGAUUGGCCGGACCUCCAGUUGCAUUCCGGCCGUCACUAGAGACAUCUGUGAUCCAACCAUGGUCGUCAAAUGAUCGUAUAUAUAUAUAUAUUAUCAUAUUCAACAAAACUCUACUAAUUAUAUGCAUACUUUUCUUGUUUGGGGUAUGCAUGUUAUGUGUGUAUAUAUGUAACGAGUAUAUAGUUUUAAGAUAAAUAAAAGCUUUAGAUAUAUCGAACCGUUUUUAAUUUA